CAUGCCCUUUUAAGGAUGAAGUUUCCUUUUUUCCUUCCCCUCUCUCCCUCCUAUUUCUUCUUCACGCUCCCUCCUCCCUCCCUCCCUCCCUCCCUUUCUCGCUCUCUUGGUAGACUAGUGAAGUCAUCUCUCCUCAUCUGCUCCUUUUAAGCCGGCAUUUUUGAGAGGGAGGUCCCUGCGAAGCAUAUACAAACACUCAGUCAAGCAUCCAUACUCAACCCCACACGCUGCACUAGUAGCCAGCAGAAAACUGACCUAUUCCUUCAAACAGGAGUCGGCAUGGCUAACAAGGGUCCAUCCUUCGGCUUGAGCCGGGCGGUUCAGGAUAAGAUCGACAGCAAGUACGACCCUGAGCUGGAGCAGAUCCUGGUGGAGUGGAUCAGCCGUCAGUGUGGCUCCGGUGUGGGAAAGCCAGAGGCAGGCAAAAUGGGCUUCCAGGCCUGGCUGAAAGACGGAUGUGUUCUGAGCGAACUGAUUAACAGUCUGUUCCCCGGAGAGAAACCCGUGAAGAAGAUCCAGAGCUCAUCCAUGGCCUUCAAACAGAUGGAGCAGAUCUCCCAGUUUCUCAACGCUGCCGAGAAGUAUGGCGUCACCAAGACUGACAUGUUCCAGACUGUGGACCUUUGGGAAGCUAAGGACCUGGCGGCAGUGCAGAGGACCCUGUCAGCUCUGGGCAGCUUGGCCGUCACUAAGGAUGAAGGCACAUACAAUGGAGACCCUAACUGGUUCUUCAAGAAAUCUCAGGAGAACAAGCGAGACUUCAGCGAAGACCAGUUGAAGGCUGGCAAAAAUGUGAUUGGCCUACAGAUGGGGACCAAUAAGGGAGCCAGUCAGGAGGGCAUGAGCUAUGGAAGAGCUCGACAGAUCCUGUAAAAUCACUGAAUCACAGAUACCCAAAACCUCUUCGGCCCUUUACACCUUCUUAGAGCCUGUAAGCGCCUAAGUGGUCCACUACCACUCCUCUUUCAUCGUAAAACAUGUUCUGCUUUAGAAAUUAGCUUCUUUCUAACAAGUACCCCCUACUUCCUGGUCUUUGAACUUGCCCUGAGCCCCUUACAUAUACUUGCACUGGUGACCCUACCACUGCAAUCAGGACCAGUACAACUGAGCGUUUGUAGCGGAAAAUAGUAACCUUAAAAAUGACCAAUUCAAUGCCUUGGAGGUAAAAACAACAAGAUGAUGUGCCAAAAGUUGAGCUGUUCCUACCUAAUAUGAAAAAACACUGCUUUUACAAAUAAAUGACCACUGUCUCAUCUCUGAUACAUAACAAAUGUCUGAAUUAUGUCAUUUUUUUACUAGAUUUUUAGAAAUAUUGGUUCUGGAUUCUAACACAAAUACCUUCUUUCCAAAUUGAGUGGUGAUACAACCCAUGUCAGACCAGUACAUCAGUGCAUUUACAGUAUGUUUCUUGUUUAUUGUCCCAACCUACCACUUCCCACAAUACUAUGCCUGAUGUAUCAGUGCCAAUAUUUUUGUACAUUGUCUUAUUAAAUAAUGACUUUGAAAUACAUUUCUGAAUUGA